AUGUGCAAGCCUACUGGAUUAUCUCCAAUUUGGAUGACACCAUUUGUGGCACAAGACGUAGUGGAUAUGUUUCAUAACCUUCAAGGCACCCCAGAAUCCGUGAGUGAUGUGCAACGAACCAUGGUAUUAGAUUCUACAUCCAAGCCUUUGUCUGUGGACAUUAAAGUCACGGAUCAACUGUUUCUGGCAUGGCUUGAAUACUUCAAGUGGCACUGGAGACUUCCGAAAAGUAACAGCCUAUUGCGCUACGCUAGAUUUCUGAAGGCCCUACGCGGACACUUCUGGGGAAAGAAUCUGAAUGAGAUCAUUCUGUUACAAGGGGAUAUGGAAAAUUUUUUAAACAAGAAGUUGAGGGCAUGCUGGACGAAUUGA